AUGACAACAACAGCAACGACUGAUGUAGUAGUAAAGAUAUCAAACCUUUCAUGGCUACAUGGAAAGUGGAGUGGACCUGGAAACGGUAUCUAUCCAACCAUCAAGCCAUUCAAAUACACAGAGAACCUCAAGUUCAAGUUCAAUGGCAAGCAGAUUGAGUACAAACAAACUACACUGAGUGCAAGUGGACAGUUGAUGCACUUUGAGACUGGACUGGUUAGAGUUCUUCCAACUGGAAGGAUUGAGAUGACUAUUGUACAGGGCAGUGGAGUAGCAGACUUUUAUGAGGGUACAUUGGAGACAAAGGAUAACAUGACAUCGUUGACAUUCAAGAUGACACAUAUCAGUAGAUCACCAUGUGCCAGAGAGCCACAUGUUACCAACGCACUUCGUCAAUUCACGCUCGACACCUCCAACAACACUCUCCACGUCUACAUGGAGAUGGCAACAACUACCACUCCACAACUAGUCGAACAUCUUCGUAGUGAACUCAAGAAGUUGCAAUAA